UCGACUCGUGUAUAUGUGUACAGGAAACUACGUGCGUCAGUGUGUAUAUAUCCAUUCCAUUCAGACAUCAUUUUGAAAUGAUGCCAAAUUGUACCUACUGCCCUGACUGUAACACUGACUUCGCUAAUUAAGGGGCUGGGUGGAGCUUUUGGCUUACAAAUAGCGUUAAAACAAAGGAAAGUAGGAGCAACGUUAUAUGCAAUACGACAUUCGAGUGUGUGUUAUCAAAGAUUAUGCAAUGAAGAAUAUAGACAGAUCAAUAUCGUCUGUCUUUGGUUUGCAAAAUUACAAGAUGAUCGAUUCCACAAAUGUUGCCACAUGAUGAACAGCCUGUGAAACGUAGACAUUAUACCAGUAUGGUUUAACCUUGUACGGCAGAGUGUUUCAUGGAUAGUUAGCGGGCAUUGACAGAGACACCGUAUCCAAAAUGUCUUCUCCGUCCCUCCUUUUAUUCGUUUGUUUAUUUUCGACAACCGUUGGAGAUGCUCUUAAGUCUAAGAUGCCGAAGAACUUUUCCUGGGUUGUGGACUCACAAGUAUGUGCUAUGGGAUUUCCCGGAUCGCCUGAAAACAUGCUGUAUUUAUUAGAAAAUAACGUCCGCUACCUGGUGUCACUAACGGCCGAAAGACAGCCAUCCGUAAGCGACUUCCCAGAAAUCACUGUUCUGCCUAUAACAGUUCUCGAUUUUACACCGCCUACUCUGGAACAGAUAGAUCAAUGUUUAGACAUCAUAGACAAGGCAUUACAAGAGGGAAAGGCUGCUGGUUUACAUUGUGCCCACGGGAAGGGACGGACGGGAACGGUGUUGGCCUGUUACUUCAUCAGGGAGUUCUGUAUGGAGCCCCAGCGGGCACUCGACCAGAUACGCAUGUACAGACCUGGCUCAGUGGAGACCAAAGAACAGGAAGAGGUCAUAUUUGAAUAUGCAAAUUAUGUAAAGGAAAAACAUAAACAAGACUGUGAAAACAAGUAGGAAGAGAAAUAUAUUCACAUUUUCGGAUUUAAGAAAGUGUUUCUGCUGUGAAAUGAAUCAAUUGAAAACAGGACCAACCGGGACAACAGUGCCAAUUAUUGAUAUCAUAUCAGGUGGUUUAAACUUUUAAAUAUUUUGUUUUAUUUUAAGACACAAUUUUGUCCGGACCCACCCUCAUAAAAAUGUUGUCCCGUUAUCACGAAAUUUCUUUAAUGCUCGAACAUCGAUUUCACAUGGUCGUGUACGGCUGUCACUGUUAAACCCUAAGACACAUUUCAACGACACUUGGGUAACUGACACAUGUUGAUUCAAAUAUCCUUUACUCGGUGUAUUUAUCAAAGACGUAAAACGCUCAUAUGCAUAUCCUUCUACCACUUACGCAAUUUUCUCCGACUGCUUACAUUAAAUUUAAUGAGGGGAAUCAAAACAAUACGGGUUGCAACUAAAAGAGUAAAGGAUCAUGUCGGUGGAUAAGCUAUCCUCCGGAAAAUCCUUUUAAUUGAAAAAUGAGAAGUGUGUAGAAUAUGUGACGUGUAAGAUCAGAUUUGUCGAUUAACAUGAUAUUUUUAGAUAUAGAGGACCACUUUUUAAGUUUAUUUUCAUUCCGGACAUUUAUGGUAUUAUUAUU